AUGAAUGAAUGUCAGUUAAAUCAAAAGUGUGAUAUUUCUUCGCCAACUGAUUCAACUGAUAGUGGAAUACAAAUAAAUAUGGACGAAACAACAACUGAUGUCGACGAUACAAGUCUGCCCGCAGGUUGGGAACGUUUCGAAGAUGAAGAAGGUGUUUAUUAUUGGCAUAAACGAACUGGUACAGUAACACGUGCACAUCCAGAAAUAAUCAUUGAUUCUCCAUCAUCAACACUUUCAUUAUCAUCAUCAUCAUCAUUAAAUGAUACAUGUUAUGAAUCUAAUUUAUUAUUAAAUAAAAGUGACUCAGACCUCUCAUUUAAAACGAUGGAUACAACUACUCAACAACAUCGCUUUCAUGUUCGUUCGCUUGGUUGGACAAUUAUUAAUGAAGAAGAUCUAACAACUGAACAAAGUAGUCAAACUGUUAAUCGUUGUAUUUAUGAAUUAACACGUGGCAUGAAUGAUGGCAUCGGUCGUUGGGGUGAAGGAAAAGAUCUUUAUAUGGAUAUAAAUAAUACUGAUCUUCUUUUGAUUGAUCCAAGUGAAAUGACUAUUUUACAUAAACAAGCAAUACCAUCUAUUCGAGUUUGGGGUGUUGGAAGAGAAAAUGCAAGAGAUUUUGCUUAUGUUGCAAAAGAUAAAGAUCGAUCAGUUCGAAUAUAUAAAUGUCAUGUUUUUCGAUGUGAUAAUACAUCAGCACGAAUCAUUGCUAAUACAUUACGUGAUAUAUGUCGAAAUCUCAUGAUUGAACGUGGAUUAUUAACUAAAACAAAUGAAAUCUCAAAUGAUAAUCUAUCUAUACAUAAACAAUCAAAACUCUUUUCAGAAUCAUCUUCCAAUGAUAAUAUCAAUAUUUCAUUUCCAACUCCCAUGGCAGAACCAUCCGAUGAUUUAUUAUGUACUUAUUUAGGGUGUGUUUAUGUAGAUAAACCUGGUGGAAUGGAGAUUCUUCGACCAGCUAUUGAAAAAGUGUCAACAACAGUUCCACAAGAUAAAUGGAUUUCAGUUAUAGUCAAUAUUUCACCUGCAUCAUUUACUAUUUCAUCAAAUAAUGACUCGAAAGAACAACUACUUGAUUGUCGUAUUCGUUAUUUAUCAUUUCUUGGUGUUGGACAAGAUCCAGCUUUUUGUGGUAUAAUAAUACAUUGUGCUGAUAAUUCAUUUAAAUGUCAUGUUUUUCAUUGUUUACCAUCAUGUGUUCAACUUUGUAAAAAUAUCGAAGUUGCUUGUAAAUUACGUUAUCAAAAAUGUCUUGAUGCUCAUCCACAAGCAGCUAAACAAGUGGAAACAACAAAAAGUUAUGGUGCUCAAAUAAAAAGUCUUGUUGGAUCAUUUUGGUUUGGAAAUAAACAACUUGUUUAA